CCCAUCCCCGUGGUCGGUGACGAGAGUGAAAACGCCGAGGUACGGUGCUUUCGUCAAUGGCAGCCUCCAAGUCAAAGUUCUUACUCUUCCAUUUCCGUUCCGCCCGUUUCCUGUCUUCCCUCUCCACUCUCCCUCUUGCUCGAGUCUCCCAUCUCCCUCACAACUCCAAUCCUCCGACUCACCACCAACUUCCGCCAGCCUUUCCGCUCGGCGCCGCUGGAUUCUUUCUUUCCCGAUCCUUCACUUCUCUCGAUCAUGUUCAACAUACUUCUAUUGAAGAUUCCAUUCUUCCUGUUCGUCUGCUUACUACCUUGCUUGAUGGAUAUCAUGAUCUCACCGGCUUGCCUUGGUGGUUUAUCAUUGUGACUUCCACUCUAACUAUGAGAUCAGCCCUGCUGCCUGUACUUAUUCUGCAUCUUCAGAAGUUGAAAAGGAUUGGAGAGUUAUCUCCUAAAUUGCCACCUCCAUUGCCGCCGCUUUUCUCAGGAAGAAGUUAUAUCAACCAUAUUUUACAUUUUCAGAAGGAAAGGAAAGCAAUCAGAUGCCCUUCACUGUUGUGGUUUUUUGUACCAUUCGUUAUCCAGGUGCCAUGCUUUCUUUUGUGGUUGACCAGCAUCCGGAGAAUGUCGUUGGAUCAUCAUCCUGGGUUUGAUUGUGGUGGCACAUUAUGGUUCCAGGACUUAACUGAAUCCCCUUAUGAUCUCUUAUGCCCCAUCUUUCCAGUCCUGAUUGCAGGUUUGCACUAUGUUAAUGUCCAGAUUUCUUUUAGGAUGAUUUCACAUCGGAAACUGGACAGCAUAUUUGACCUAUUGUUCCAACUUUACAAACGCUAUUUGGACUUUAUAUCUUUUUUCCUUUUGUUCGUUGGCUUCUUUAUGCCCCAGGGAAGCCUUCUUUACUGGGUUACAAAUGGUUCAUUUAGUCUCAUUCAGCAAUUAUCCUUCAAGCAUCCUGCUGUAAUUGCAACAUUGGGUUUACCAGAUACAAAAGCUCUCACAACAGGUAAUUCAGAGGAAAUGCAUACAUCUGAUAAUUUGCACGUGGAAUCAUCCUCAAAGAAUUGCAUAACUGCUAUUGAAGACCUAUCUCCGAAAGAACUAUUGAAACUCUCAGUAAUGCGCCUAGGAAAGAAGCAGCAUGAAAAAGCAAUUUCCUCACUAAAAUUGGCUCUAGAAAAAGAUCCUGAUUAUGUGAGAGCUAUGGUUGUUUUGGGAAAUACUCUUAUGCAGGAAGAAAUGCUGGUGGAGGCAAGGGAGUAUUUAGAGCAUGCCAUUUCCAAGGGUGGCACAUUAUGGUUCCAGGACUUAACUGAAUCCCCUUAUGAUCUCUUAUGCCCCAUCUUUCCAGUCCUGAUUGCAGGUUUGCACUAUGUUAAUGUCCAGAUUUCUUUUAGGAUGAUUUCACAUCGGAAACUGGACAGCAUAUUUGACCUAUUGUUCCAACUUUACAAACGCUAUUUGGACUUUAUAUCUUUUUUCCUUUUGUUCGUUGGCUUCUUUAUGCCCCAGGGAAGCCUUCUUUACUGGGUUACAAAUGGUUCAUUUAGUCUCAUUCAGCAAUUAUCCUUCAAGCAUCCUGCUGUAAUUGCAACAUUGGGUUUACCAGAUACAAAAGCUCUCACAACAGGUAAUUCAGAGGAAAUGCAUACAUCUGAUAAUUUGCACGUGGAAUCAUCCUCAAAGAAUUGCAUAACUGCUAUUGAAGACCUAUCUCCGAAAGAACUAUUGAAACUCUCAGUAAUGCGCCUAGGAAAGAAGCAGCAUGAAAAAGCAAUUUCCUCACUAAAAUUGGCUCUAGAAAAAGAUCCUGAUUAUGUGAGAGCUAUGGUUGUUUUGGGAAAUACUCUUAUGCAGGAAGAAAUGCUGGUGGAGGCAAGGGAGUAUUUAGAGCAUGCCAUUUCCAAGCUCGUGCUUUUUGGGCAUCCAACAAACUUGGAGGAUAUUGAUCUUUUGAUUCUAUCAUCUCAGUGGGCUGCAUUUGUAUGUAUAAAGCAGGACGAUGAGGCCGAGGGAAUUGUUCACCUGGAAAGAAUAGCAACUUUACAAGAGCCAGCAGAUCCUCAAAGCAAAGCUCAUUAUUAUGAGGGGUUACUGUUGCUCUGGAGGUUUGAAUAUCAGAUUUGAUUUUUCUACAUUUUUCUCUGUUCAUUUUUAUGAAGAGCCAGAAGACAUUUAAUGAUUCUGCUACUAAUUACUUUCUGCUGACAGGCAAAUUAUAUUGCAGUUUGUUCAUAUAACUGGUUUGUAUACAAUUCCUUAAACUAAAUGUUAGAUUUGGCCUUUUCAGCACUUUACUAAAAGCAAAUCGUAAGGAGGAAGCCAAAAAGUAUGAGAGUAGACUGGUUGCUCAUGAUCCUUCUUUAAGUUUCUUGGUGGAACUUUCAGAGAAGGAAGACGAUAUUGUCAUUGAUCUCGUCAACAGCAGGAGGCAAGACUACUGACUUCUUCACUUCUCCACAGAUGCUAUGGAUGUAAGAUUAUUUCUAUGAGCAUCCUCAGUUGAUUUCUAUUCUUUUUCUCAUACUUCUGUUUUGAGCCAUUUAGCUACAUGGGUCAUUUUCCCUACCAUUAUAAGAAAAGUUGGUAUGCUUAGCUAUCACAUGAGUUCAAAUUGUGAUCAUUACAGCUUUGGCAUUAGUGGGUCAUUUGUAUGAUAAUAAAUGUUUUCCCUAAUUGGGAAAUUUUGAUCAUAAUUAAAUUUAUUGGGACAAAGUGUUCUCUGUUAAAUGAAAUAUUUGUACUUUC